AUGUACGAAGCAGCAUUGAGUAGGCCUCCAACUGACUCCAUUGGGUUGUGUGGUUGUGGCGAAUUGGAGGAUGCCUUCAAGGUAUUUGAUGAAUUUUCCCAACUAGGGUGUGAGCCCAAUGUGAGGACUUUCGCUACUUUGAUGCAUGGAUUGUGCGGAAAAGGGGAUUUGGAUGGUGCUUUUGAGUUGUUGGAGAGAAUGGAAAAUUGUGGGGUUGGUGCUGACAUCAUGGUUUUUAAUGUGCUGAUUUCGGGGUUGAGGAAGCAAGGGAGGGUUGACGAGGCAAAGGUGUUGGAGAGAUUGAUGAUGGAAAAAGGAUGUGAUCCCAAUGGAGGGUCUUAUCAAGAUGUGGCAUAUGGGUUGCUUGAUAAUGAGAGAUUUGAGGAAGCCAAAGAGAUCAUGGAGAGAAUGGUGUUGAUGGGGUUUGGCCCUAGUUUCGUGUCUUAUAAAGUUCUUGUGAAGGGUAUGUGUGAGAGGGGUGUCAUUGGGGAGGUCCAUUGGGCUGUAAGGCAGAUGAUGAAGCAGGGUUUUGUGCCAAAGAUGGGGAUGUGGAAGCAGAUCUCUUGUAGACAUCUAAAGUAG